GGUGGCGGAAGUGACGCCAUGCGCGGGGCGGAAGUCCUUCCCCCGUCUUCAGCUGUGAAAACACAACAGCAGGUUCUGCAGCUGAAUUGCUGAUAUGGAGGAGCUGGUGCAGGACCUGGUGUCGGCACUGGAGCAGACGUCGGAGCAGGCCAAGCUGGAUGAGCUGUGGGAGGAGAUGGUGCUGAGCCCGCUGCAGCAUCGGCGGCAGGUCCGCAGACGAAGGGGGCGCAAGCGACGCUGUGACUUCUCCCUCCACGGGCCGGUGCACGGACGCUGCCUCAGCGAGCCGUCCGAGUCCAGCCUGGACGAGGCCUUCACCAGGGACCACAGGCAGGGUGCUGCAGCCACUGUGGCCAUAUCAGCAGCAGGUGUGGUGCCUGCUAACUACAGUGAUUCAGAUGACACUGUCAUAGCAAAGCGCUGGUCCUCAGCAUCAGUGUCUUUUAGGGCCAGGCAGCACUCCUGGCCAGAGUCGGACUCUUUCACAGAGAACACUCCGGGAAGGCCGCUGCGCAGGCGCCGUAAGGUCAAACGCAUGACCUCAGAUGUGACCGUGAGCCUGCAGCAGAAGCUGAGAGUGUCUGGGUUGGAACGGGGUGAACAAACCCAUCAUCAUCACCAUCACCACCACCAUCAGAGGUCGUAUAAGAAGCAAAGGUUAGGCCGACUGAAAAAGCGCCCCGGGGCCUGGCCGGGGCAGGAUGGAGGCUCUGUUGUGGCCGGAGUGGGAGGCCUGUCUGCAGACUGCUGGAAGGACAAGAUUCUGCGCCAGGCCAAGGAGCAGAGGGAGGCAUCGGACGAAAACAUGUCAGAAUGUGAAACCAGCAGUGUGUGCAGCAGUGACCCCGGGCUUUUCACCAAUGAUGAAGGAAGGCAAGGUGAUGAUGAACAGAGUGACUGGUUCUUUGAAGGCGAGUGUGUGUCGGGAAUGAACGUUCAGGCUUUGCGGUCUAGCAGAGAGUCAGAAACAGCCCCCAGGCCUGCAGGGCUGGACGCUAGGAGAGAGAGGAGUCACUCCGCUACUUUCCUUCAACCUGCCCGACCCAAUCAGAGAGGUUAUCAUGCCCGUCUGAACCGCCUGCCGGGUGUGGCCGCACGCUGCAUUAGAAGAGGCAGAAGGAGGUUACCUGGCAGGGAUAAUAAUAUGACUGUUUUCGUUGACAAAAUGAGGACCUAUCCACAGGACUCCUAUCAGAAAGAGUUUUGGUUACCUUCCUUUGGUAAACGAGACAGAAGUCAGCUGAAGCCUCUGUGUCCGUUGCCCAUGUAUCCAAUUGGCAUGGUUCCAGAGAGCUCUCAUCCCCGCUGCUCAUCAUCCAUGUGCAAAAACAGUAGACAGCCAAAUGUUCAAAUGGGAUUGCUGUGUACAGGAGACAUCAAGAGGAGGAGGAAAACCACGGCUGGUCCCACCACCACUUCAGCAUACCUCCCCUUUCGCAAAGAAGCCAGGCGAGAAGAACCUGACCAAGGCUCUGCGAAAGCUCUUUCCGCUGGAGAAGAAUGUGCUGUCCCCCUGCCCUCCACAUCACGGACACAUUGCUUCAUCAAGCCAGGGACUUCAUUCAGCAGCCAUGGGGAACACGAGGAUGACUGACUGCGACGUUAGCACUGGCAGCCCCCCUUUUGGCCACAGAUACUCAGGGUGGAAGACCUACACUAGAACACAGAGUAUAAUAUAUCUGAAUCAGUGCUCCAGGAGCAGUGUACAGGAACAUUGUUUUGGGACGCAAACCUCCUGUGUGAAUCCCCGCCGUGGAUUAAGUCUUUCCAACCAAGCUACCGUCCGUUUGACAGACAAAAAAUGCUAAUGCAAUCAAGCCUGCUAAUCACCUCUGGUCAUUUUCUCAAGGAGGAGGGCUUGUUUAAGAGCUGUGCCCAUUUGUGGGUCAAGAUGUAACCCAAGGCAGCUCUUUUUUUUGUGUUGUUUUUAAGCCUCCAGUCAUCAGCCCACCUACUAACCGCCUUUGCCAUCACGGCAAUAGGAGUAAUCACUGGUUUACUGGUUUUAAUGGUGUGUUAUGUUUUGUGGCUUCCUUUGUCUAUUAGUGAAAUCAGUCUAUAGUAGCUCAUUUUGUGGCAUCACAAAGCUCUGCUACCUCACGCUGGGGCAUGGUUCAAAAGAGCGCCCACCGAAAGUGCGGCUCAAAAACACAGGCCCCCUAUUAGCAUGGAUAUGAAACACUAGAGCGCUCUAAAAACACUCAUUAGCACAACAGAGUGAGUGUGUGUUUCUGCACCCUCCAGGGCCUCCACCCCCCCGCUUUACCCUGCAGAUUCAAAUGUUCACACAUGAAAGUUUCGGCAGCCCAGUGCUUGUUCAGUCGUGCAUUUUAAUUGUAAAGUAGUAGUGUGCAUUUUAAUUGUAAAGAAGUAGUAUGGCAAAGCCGGACAGGACAGUGGUCUGGUCUUAAUGUAUGCUAGCUAGAAUAGGCUAGUUUGAUUUACUAUUAUACAUAAUGUUACUUAGCAUUAGCAUGUGAGUUUGUGUAGUUUAGUCGUGAGCAUGGAGUUACUGUACGUGUUUUAUGGUCGAUCUGAGAAGCCUUAACGUGAAUCCAGUUGUGUAGUAGAACCCAUAGCACUUAGCAGGCAUGCACUUAACAGGUGUUAAUGUUUUACAGAUAUACCACAGAUACUAGAAUAUUUAAUCAGGCACGGGGUGCUUUUUGCUGGUGUUGACAUUUAUAAACGGACCAGAGUCCAGAGUGGACCUGCAGACAUCUGUAGUAAAAGCAUCGUGUCCCGUUCCUGCUGCGCUUUCCAUCUCUAUGACCAGCUGCCUUUGUGAUGUGGAGGAAUUGACAGAUAGGUUGGUAUAUUUUCUUAUCACGUUUUGUCAAUCGUCAAAGCGAUUGCCUCACCUGCCUCCGGCUGUAAUUAGUUGUUACCAUGACAACAUCACUCGAUGAGUCCCUCCCCCCGUUAGCCCGUUUGGCCCGAAAUGAGUUUUGUCGGCGGGGCAGGAAGUGAGAGCAGAGGGAAGACGCGCGUGCUUGCGCCCAGUCAAUCGCCUCAGCUACAGUUAAGGAAUCCAGUGUGUUGAUGCUGCUCAUAUUUCAUCCUUGGUAAAGAUUACCUGUCAACCCCAGAGGAGAUGUAUUGAUCUGUUUUCCUUUUUUUCUGCCAGCAAUCACCUGACAAAGGCACCUAGGAGUGUGGGAGUGAGUGAUGCCCGUUCAUCUCCACCCCAGUGUGGCGGUUUGGGGGGCUUCCAGUGACCACUCGCACUGGAAGAUAAUGCCAUCAUAAACUCUACAUGAACUCGCACAUCCAGUCAAGUCAGGACCAACAAAACCAUUCUAGGGAUCAAUUCUCUAUUCUAGACCCCAUUUCGUACUAAAAUACAGCUCAGUAGUGGGUCACAGUCAUGUAAAAUUGACCAACUGUAUAUAUAUAUAUAUGUAUAUAUAUAUAUAUAUAUGCACAGAUUUAACCCUCCUAAGACCACAGUUAUUGCUUUUGUUUCACUAUUUUGAUCAAGGAUACGUACGAUAAUGUACAGAUAAAGAUUAAUUUGGAAUAACCACGAUUUAUGAGCUGAUUACUAAUUAAAUGAAGAGUUCUGACAUAUAACAUGCAAACAGAUGUACUGUCCAUGUCUUCUAGUAAACACAAUGAGUAAACAUUAACAGUGCAGGCUAGAAAAAGUAAGUGAGGUUACAUUUUUAAAGCAUUUUUUCCCAUUAACACCAUCCCUGUUCAGUGUUUUACUAAUAAUGCUUGGCAAACCCUGAUAUAAAACCCACAAACCUGUUAUCAAUCACCCAGUGCUGUAACUGUACUGAGCCACCACUUCCCUGCUCUUUCACCAACCAAUAUUUCCUGAGAAGAACAGAUUUGUCAGUAUCCUGACUUUGUUCACUUUGUUUUUUAUUGGCUGAAUCGCCUGUAAUACCAACACUAAUGCAAAAUCUCAUCUCCUUUUGCCAGUUAGUUUUUAGAGAAAUCACUAACUCAGAGCUUCACUUACUUUUUCAAGCUCAAAAAGUCAUGAACAGUGCAUCAUUGGAGUAUCUUAUUAGUUUAAUAACUAAUUAAAGGCACAUUUUAUUAGUAACUGGUGCAGAAAUCCAGGUAAUUCUACAGAUUACACUUACUUUUUCUAGCCUGCAAUGCUACUUUAGUUUUAAAUCUGCAUCAGCAGGUUUGAGUCUGCUGUCUGACUUACGUGGUGGUAGUGAUUGACAGUUUACAAUAUUCUCUUUCAGCAGAGUGUCUCUGCUAAAUAAUUAAUAUUUAAUUACACUAAGCUUUUACCAGCAUUUACAUCAGCAGUAACUGUGACUUCUAAGGGUUAAUGGCAUGAUCAGAGAAGUUAACUUGCAUCAGGGUAAGGAUAAAAUACAAUAAAAAAAACUCCCUUAUUAUAUGUUAUAUAUUAUAAUGUUACUUAGUUGUAGAUCAUGGACCCUAUAUAGAUGGUACUAUACAGUAUUUAAUCCAGGUGAAGACUACGCCCUCUUUUUGUGCACUGAGAACAUUAUGCAUUACAAAACCCUUACUGCUGCAUGCUAAACAUGAUGAGAGGUUAGUGUGUUGACUUGUGCGUAUUCCCUGGCAGCUUCAUAUCAUUGUUUCCUCUUUAAAUGUUAAGAAAAUAAUAACCAGUUUAAGGUGGCUUGAAUUGCACGUGAUGUAUACAGUUUUAUCUACUGGGUUAACUCUUGGCUAAAUACGCUAUAAUACCUGUGAAUUUAUUAGUUGCACCUAACUUUUAUACAGAUAUUGACAGUUUAUCGGGUACAUCUACCCAUUAGUUUAACAGUACACUGUUAAAAAUUAAAGUGCUACAAAUGAUUCUUUAAGCUGUGCCAUAAAAUAACUGGUAAAGAACCUUAUUUUUCAUAUUACACCCACAAACCUAAAUGUUUGUUAGAUUGUGAUUUAAUGUGAUGGACCAACACAAAGUAGUAAGUAAAUGUGAAGUGAAAAGUGAAAAAAAUAUAUGAAUUAAAUUAAAUUGCAUUUGUAUUUAGUCCCCUGGGUCAAUAUUUCGUAGGACCCACUUUUGCUGCAAUUACAGCUGCAUGUCUUGUAGGGUCUGUCUACCAGCUUUUCACUUGUAAAGGCUGAAUUUUUUCCCAUUCUUCUUUGCAAAAUAAAAAAAAAAACAGCCCCAUAGGAUGAUGCUGCCACCACCAUGUUUCAAGAUAUGUAUUAUAUUGGGUGAUAUGCUGUGUUAGUUGUCCCACCAUACUGCGCAUUUAGUUCAAAAAGACAAGAGCACCUUCUUUGCUGUAUCCCCUAUAUGGUUUGUGGAAAAUGGCAAACAGGGCUUCACUUUUCUUUGCCAUUGGUUGUUUUUCAUGAUGCUGUUUGAUCACUAAUGUUCUCUAAUAAACCUCUGAGGUCUUCAGUGAACAGCUCAGUUAUGCUGAGAAUAAAUUACACACAGUGAUCUCUGAAGGCAGUUGGUCAUACUAGAUUUUAUUUAGGGGUAUUAGAGUACUGGGGGCUGAGUACACAAGCACACCGCAGGUCACAGGUUCCAGAUUUUAUUUUUUAAAUGUUUUGAAAAUUAUAUAUACUUUUGCUAUUUUGUGUUGGUCUAUCACAAAAAAAUAAUUAAGUUUGUGGAUGUAAUAUAAAAAAUCAAUUGUGAAAAGUGGGUAUGAAUACUUUUUUAAGGCACUGUAAAUGGUUUUCCACAUACAUAUGCCAUAAUUUAAAGUAGCCCAUUCAUUUUAAAUGUGUUGAUGCAUUUUGUAGGUAUGCAGUUACAGACUGUAGCUCAUCAGUUGCUGGACAUUAUGCCAGCACCUCUCGAUGGCCAAUCAUUGCAAUAGGUGGGACCACCUUAGAACAACCAAGGGGAUAUUUCCACCAAGGGUUGUCCCAAAAGUAUUAUUUUUUUUCCAUUUCAGCACUGAUACUUAGUAUACUAGUGCAUCUCAAAAAAAAUAGAAUAUCAUUGUAAAGUAACUUCAUUUCACCAGCAGAUGAAAUGUCUCUCCAACCCAUCACUGACUGUGGAAACGUCACACUAGACUUCAAGCAGUUUGGACUGUGUGUCUCUCCACUCUUCCUCCAGACUCUGCUUCCUUGAUUUACAAAUAAAAUGUAAAAUGUACUGAUGAUCAGUGAUGGUUUGGAGAGACAUGUCAUCUGCUGGUGUUGGUCCAUUGUGUUAUAUGAGGUCCAAAGUCAGUACAGUGUUUUCCCCAAAAAUCUUAGAGCAAUUUAUGCUUCCCUCUGCUGACAUUUUUUAAGGAGAUGCAGAUUUCAUUUUCCAGCAGGACUUGGCACACUGCCAAAAUUAUAUAAAAUUCAAAUUUUCUGAGAUAGUGUUUUUUGGGUUUGAAUGUUUGAGGGUCAGUGGUGAUUCAACAGUUGUUUUAGUGUAGGCCCAGCCUUAGUCUGGACCUAGGAAAUGUUCAAGUACUAUGUCCAAGUGUGCACUCCUUACUCUUUAGUGAUUGCUAAAUUUAGAAUAAUCUGGCCACCAAAAAUGUCCAGUAAAAAUAAUACAAAUGAUCUAUAUAAAACAGUGAGCAGCAGUCUCUAACUGUAAGCCCAACAGGUGCACCAAUAAGAUAAAUAAUAAAAUAAGUGUCUGAGCAACAUGAUUAGUAAACUCCAACUCAACUAAACAAUAGAAGUUCCUGUUUUGAUGCACAAUCAGAAAGCUGUGUGUUGCACUGACCCAAAACAUCUACACAAUCAGCUGGGGCAGCUAUUUUAUAAGGUACUGAAUAUCUGAAUGUCAGUAUUCUACAAUAUGUCAUAACAUGUAAGUACAGUGUAUGUGUAAUAAUGGAUGUGAAAGCAUGCAAAUUCAGAGUACAUGUCAGCACAUAUCAGUAAGAAUCUGUCGGUAGAUUUAGAACUCUUGUCAUUAUAAGCUUGAGAUAAGUAUCCCAAAUCUGUGAGACAUGACUUUAAUAACUACUAAAAAUGGACAUGUUCAGAACAUUAUAUAACCAGAAAGUAUUAUCGCGCACAGUGUGGAAUAUGGCUUGCUCAUCAUCUGUCACUUAUCUUUCAGUUUGGCUGUUGGAAAAGACCUUAUAAUGGUGGUCAGUGUUUGUAUGCCCAUUCUGCUUCUCAUUUCUGGCCAAUAAUGUGAUGGAUAUGAAGUAAUGAUAAAUAAAUCAUUAAUGAAGGAUGA